AUGCAUCUUGCCAGCACUAUCUACAUCGCCUGUGCUUGGGCUAUUGGAGCACAGGGGCUCGUUGUACACUCUCGUGGGGAAGCCGAUGAAGCAUGGAACAUCAACAAGCGCGCCGAGGCUGACGAGGCCUGGAAUAUCAACAAGCGCGCCGAGGCCGAUGAGGCCUGGAAUAUCAACAAGCGCGCCGAGGCCGAUGAGGCCUGGAAUAUCAACAAGCGCGCCGAGGCCGAUGAGGCCUGGAAUAUCAACAAGCGCGCCGAAGCUGACGAGGCUUGGAAUAUCAACAAGCGCGCCGAGGCCGAUGAGGCCUGGAAUAUCAACAAGCGCGCCGAGGCCGAUGAGGCCUGGAAUAUCAACAAGCGCGCCGAAGCUGACGAGGCCUGGAAUAUCAACAAGCGCGCGGAGGCCGAUGAGGCUUGGAAUAUCAACAAGCGCAUCGAAGCUGAUGAGGCCUGGAAUAUCAGUCAGUAUAUCUACUCAAUCCCUUGA